CUUCACAAUCAUCACUUCUCACUUUCUUUUCUUUCCAUCUCUCUCUUUCUUUCAUAAACCAUGGAGUUGGGUUUGUUCUCUAAGGAUUCAAGCUGGUGGGUCUUUACCCUCCCUGCAGUUUUAGGGAUCACUAACCCCACAGAUCCAUGGGUUCUGUUUUCUAUCCUCGUAGCUUUCGUUUCCCUUGCUGUCCUCACAUGGGCUUUGACCCCUGGUGGCCGAGCUUGGAGGCACGGCCGUAAUCAGAGGGGCCAAGUUUCUAUUCCUGGUCCUAAAGGUCUCCCCGUGUUUGGUAGCUUAUUCGACUUGAGCAGUGGCUUAGCCCAUCGAACCCUGGCCUCCAUGGCCUCGAACCUUGGUGCUACCAAGGUCAUGGCUUUUAGUCUUGGCGCAACCCCCGUGGUAGUCUCUUCCGACCCACAAAUAGCCAAAGAGAUCCUUACCUCCUCCCAUUUCGCUGACCGUCCAAUCAAACAAUCAGCUAGAAUGCUCAUGUUUACCCGAGCCAUUGGAUUCGCUCCAAACGGUACUUACUGGAGACUCCUCAGGAGGAUUGCUUCCUCUUACCUCUUCGCACCCAAGCGUAUCGCAGCCCAUGAAGCUGGUCGUCAGCUAGACUGUACCGCCAUGAUGGUUGGUAUCAUGUCCGAACAAUCCCAACGUGGGGCUGUGGUGCUUAGAAAACACCUUCAAGCAGCUUCACUUAAUAACAUCAUGGGUAGUGUUUUUGGUAAGAGAUACGAAGUGGGUCAGGAAAGCCAAGAGUUGAAUGAGCUUCGUGAGAUGGUGAAGGAAGGUUUUGAGCUUCUUGGUGCCUUCAACUGGUCUGAUUAUCUUCCAUGGUUGAGCUUCUUCUAUGACCCCUUCCACAUCAAACAACGCUGCGCUGCUCUUGUUCCUCGUGUGAGGAAAUUCGUUCGUGGGAUUAUCGAAGAACACAGACUCCGAGGAUCUGACAAGCCUUCUGACAAUGCAGAUUUCGUUGAUGUCCUCCUUUCUCUUGAUGGUGACGAAAAGCUCGAAGAAGACGACAUGAUCGCCGUUUUAUGGGAGAUGAUAUUCCGAGGUACUGACACUACGGCAUUACUGACAGAAUGGGCGAUGGCCGAGCUAGUGUUAAACGAGGAAGUCCAAAUGAAGCUUCGAGCAGAGCUGGACAUGGUUGUCGGCCAGAAGGGUGUAACUGAUGGGGACGUGGCCAACCUUCCAUAUCUCCAAUCAGUGAUCAAGGAAACUCUUAGAAUCCACCCACCUGGACCACUUCUAUCCUGGGCCAGGCUAUCCACUGAAGACGUUCAACUGAGCAAUGACAUGAUCAUUCCUGCACACACCACAGCAAUGGUCAAUAUGUGGGCAAUAACCCACGACCCAAAGGUUUGGGAGAACCCAUUGGCCUUCAAACCAGAGAGGUUCAUAGAACAGAAUGUGGACAUAAAGGGCAGUGACCUCAGGCUGGCUCCAUUUGGAGCGGGUCGUCGGGUCUGUCCGGGGAAGAACCUUGGGAUGGUGACCGUAAGCCUCUGGGUGGCCAAGUUAAUCCAGAAUUUCAAGUGGGUUGCAGACCCGAAAAAUCCUGUUGACCUCAGUGAGUUGUUAAAGCUCUCCUGUGAAAUGAAGAACAGUCUCUCUGUCGUGGCCAUUCCCAGGAAUGAAUUCCUUUGCCCUUCAACCAUUUAGGGCUUCAGAAAACGUUCCUUCUUCGCUCUUAAAAAUGUGUUUCAUCUCUCAAAUAAGGAUCGCCUGUUAGGUCCAUUGGUAGUUGUGGGAGUUGCGUCCAUGUAAUGUACUGUGUGAUCUUUAUCGCUUUGUUGUUCUUCUUCUAGGUAUCUCUCUUAUUUAAUCCUGUCAUGGAUUCUUGUUCCCCUCAUGGAAGUCGUGGUUUGUGGGUAUGAAGCAUUAAAGGUAUUGGCUGGGGUCAAGAGUUUAUUGAUGUAAGGAUGUAAUAGUCUAUAUGGUUUGUUAAUAAAUGGUAUUAAACUAGGAUUGUGUA